AUGAAUCUUAAAGUAUGGCCGAUUUCGGCGCAUUUCGUUCGAUCGCUACACAACUUGGCCCCAUUCGCUGAAAUUGCGGGCAAGUUCAACUUUGACAAGCCGACUCAUACGAUUCGUGAGAUCAACAAGGAUCACAAUAGGGUGGGACAAAGUACCGUUAUUUUGAACGGCUGGAUCGAUCGUCCUCCCAAAAAGCUGUCUUCCAAGCUUGUUUUCGCGUGUCUCAGAGACACAAAAUCAGAUUAUGCCCAACUCAUUUGCAAGGACCAGGAAACAGCUGAGAAGCUUGCUUCCAGGAAGCCCGAGGAUGUGGUGAGCGUGGUAGGCACUGUGCAGCCAAAGAAAAGCAAAGAUGGGCAGCCGGAGACGUGGGAGCUGGUAUUAAAGGAUCUGAAGGUUUUGAACUCUGCGGACAUCCAAACUGUGCAGCUAAACUCUCUGAAACAUACAACCGGCCAAUUUCCACAGGAGUUCAGAUAUCUCCAACUUAGACAACCGUACUAUCAAAGGUCGCUACGGAAAAGGGCACAGAUUGCUGCAGUUGCACGUCGCGUGCUGGACGCUAACGAAUUUGUGGAAAUCGAGACACCACUCCUGUUUAAAUCAACGCCUGAAGGUGCCGACGAGUUUCUUGUGCCGACCAGGAAACAAGGCCAAUUUUACGCUCUUCCUCAAUCACCACAACAGUAUAAACAACUGUUGAUGGCCAGCGGCUUCGAUCGGUAUUACCAACUGGCCAAGUGCUUCCGCGACGAAGAUCUUCGUGCAGACAGACAGCCAGAGUUCACUCAGAUCGAUCUGGAGAUGUCGUUUGCAAAGAAGGAAGAUGUCAUGCACACAGUGGAGACCGUUAUCAAGGCUAUAUUCAAGGAGACUCGCCAGGCUGACCUGUUCACUCCAAGCGAGGACAUGUCUAGCCUGGUUUUAUCUGGAGAAAAGCCAUUUAAAAGACUUUCCUAUAGAGAGGCGAUGCAUUAUUACGGAAUUGACAAACCGGACCUCCGUUCCAACUUGAGGUUCAAACUUCUGAACGAGUUUUACGAUAGCCAAGGAUCUGUCCAAGGAGUUGUUCUUCCUGGAGCUGCGAACCUUGACGGAAUCGACCAGCUGAUUAGUUCACACGAGUACUCGAACCGAAGGCCGUAUAUUGCCAAAAUCAAAUCCAUGAACGAUCUCACUACAUGGCAUUCGGCAUCUCCAUUCGUAUUCAAGGGAAACAUAAACGAAUUGAAUGAAAGUCUAGGUCUUCAAGUUGGAGAUGUCGUGGCUUUGGGUGACUUGGUUUACCCCGACAAAGAGAGACACAGACAUGUUUAUGAAAACCCAACGCCUUUAGGAAAGUUUAGACAGCUGGCCAUACAGCAUUUCCCUGACCUUUGGAGAUACGAUACUGGACAAUCGACGAAUGACACCUUCGCUGCAUGCUGGGUGACCAACUUCCCGCUUUUCUCGCCGACGGAAGACCCUUUGUCCAAGGGAAAAGAAUAUCCCGUUUAUCUAAAAGACACAUACGAGGCGACUCACCAUCCUUUUACAAUGUUUGACCUGACACAAGGAGUUACACCUUCUCUGGACAACGUUCUGGACGUCGAGGGAGAACAUUAUGACUUGGUGAUCAACGGAGUCGAAGUUGGCGGAGGAUCGCAAAGAAUCCAUGAUGCCCAGGUUCAAAGAUACGUUCUCAAGGAAAUUUUGAAGGUCCACAAUGCCGAGGAGUUGUUUGGUCACCUAUUAAAAGCUCUAGACAGUGGUUGUCCACCGCAUGCUGGAUUUGCUGUGGGAUUUGACCGACUCUGUUCAAUGAUCGUUGGGUCCAGUAACAUCAGAGACGUUGUGGCGUUCCCGAAGACGCAGGCGGGAACGGACCCUGUGGUCGGCUCCCCAAGUAGAGUGGCCCAGGAUACGCUGGAUAACUACCAUAUCCAGUGCAAGGAUGUGUAG